UUUAUAUAGAACGUUAAUAUUGUGUGUUAAUUAAUUACAUGUUGGCUUGUGAUGGAGAGGAAUGAUCAGGUUAAGAAGGAGAAGCUAGGAGAGCGUAUCAGCGCACUACAGCAGCUGGUCUCUCCCUUUGGCAAGUCAGAUACGGCCUCUGUUCUUGACGAAGCCGUGGGAUAUAUCAGGUUCCUUCACGACCAAGUUCAGGUGUUGAGCUCCCCGUACCUUCAACGCCUGACAACGUCCAAACGCCAGCUUGAGAAUGGUGGGGAUGAAGAGGAGUCGAGAGACGACGAACUUAGAAGCCGAGGGCUGUGUCUGGUCCCCGUGUCAUGCACGGAGGACGUGGCCGGCAGCAACGGCGCCGAUAUCUGGUCGCAUCCCAUGGGGAACAACAAAACCUCCUCCUCCUCCCAGCUCCAAGCACUAGGUCUCCUUUAUUAACCCUCUCUCUCUCUCUCUCUCUCUCUC